AUGACCGAUUCAGCAUGGGCCGAGGCCCUUAGCAAGAAGCGCACUGCACUCGAGCGCGCCAAGAUCAACGUCACCAACAGCGUUACAGAUUUGAACACGUUUGAAGCCUCAUUGAACGGCAUCGCGGACACGUACAUCGACAAGACAACAAGUUCCAUGCUCACAUGGCUGCUGAUUAUGGACAACUUGGACGAGUUUGAUACUGUUGCAACCAUUUGGCCAACCUCGGUCAAAAGUCACGGGGCCAUCAUUGUCACAACCCAAACUCCAUGCGAUACUGUACGCUGGGCUGAUUAUAACAUACCACUGAAGCCCAUGGACUCACAUGAAGGAUCAGAGAUGCUUUUAGCGCAGACCGAAACUUCAAAGAGUGACACUGACAUCAAGAGACAAGAAGAGCUUGCAAAAGAGAUAUCAUCUGCGGUGGGUGGAUUACCCUUAUGGAUCAGCCAUCUCAGUGGGUUCAUCGCUCAGUCACGAUGUUCCCUCGAAGAAUGUCUGGACAUAUACCGCUCAUCAAGUGGAUUACUUGACGAACAGCAUCAUCGUGAUAGGUGGAUGUACGACAAGUACCCAGGAGCCGUUUUCGAUCUCGCCUUCUCCAAACUGCACGAGGAUGCAAAGUCCCUUCUGAAUGUUCUUGCAUUUUUCAACCCUGAUGGUGUCCCAGAAAAGAUGCUUUUGGUGGACGUGCCAGAUGAAAACUUUGAGUUUCUGCGUCCGGUCAAUCGUCAACGAUUCCUCAAUGCUAUUGCCAGCCUGCGCAAUAGUCAUCUUAUCAAGCGAGAAGGUGGCAAAGAUGAUACAUAUCUGACUACACAUCGGUCCCUUCAAAGAGUCGUGCUACACAAGCUGGACCAGGAUCCGGCCCAUCGUAAAGUCUUCUUCGAGCGUGCCUGCUACCUUCUGGGACGGGUAUUUCCUCGUCCAUCACCGCUACAACAGCCAGAAUCUGAGAAAUGGCCUCAGAUUGAAGCAUACCUCCCACAGCUGCUGACCUUGGAAUCGGCCUUCCUCCGUGCUCAGCCUCCGAUCAAAGGUUCGCUCGACUUUGCGGUCCUUCUCUCGUCUGUUGGCCUUAACGUAUGGGAUCGAGGCUUAUCAAACGACGCUAAGAGUCUGAUGUUGACCGCAGAGAAGGUCCUGGAUAGCAUCGGCUGGGACCGUUGGGCCAUGGAACGAUCGGACAUCUACGUCAUCCUCGGUAUACUUACGGACACCGUGGGGAUUACUCAGCGUACAGAAGGGCUUCAGUAUCGCGAAAAGGCGCUUGAGAUUCGUCAACACUACGUUGAUACUAUUCCACAGGCAGACAUGACGUUGGAAGAGGAAAUUCGCUAUUACAAUGCGAUUACCGAUCGUAUUUGUAGUUGGCAGCAGUUCAAUCGGUACGAAGACAUCGAGAAACAUUGUACCAUUGUCAUUGAGAAGUACAAAUCUUGGGGCAAAGAGACUGACUUCCCAUACGAGUACGCGAAGUUUUACCAUCACAUGGCUUAUGUUCUCAUCUAUCGGGGCGAAAGAGCCAAGGCCGUUGAUUACGCUCAACAUGCAUCGAAGCUUCUGAGGAUGGGGAAUUUUGGCCUUCUGGGUGUCUUGUUCAGGUUCGAUUGUGCCACGGUCAUGUUCCAGGCCGGACAAAUAGAGGCUGCAAUCUCCGAGCAUGAACAAGUUCUGGAGCAUCGGCUUCUCAAGUUGGGACGAUCGAAUCUGAUGACACUUCAAAGUCGUUUGAUGCUGGGGGUGAUUCAUUACACGCUGCAUGAUUUCUCCAAAGCCAAGUAA